CAAAACGGAAUGGUACUGUUUACCGCGAACGGCUAGCUAGUAAACGUACUGACUGUCAUGUGACCGAUUAAACCUCGAUGCCGUCGUUUGCCGCGGUUUAAUAGUGCUUAGCCUAUAUUAUCCCCCUUUACUCGCUCGAUCCUCCACCCCCUCUUCUCCACCCGGUGGACGUGAGGGGAGAGAUAAUUCUGCGGAGCUCGCCAUGUUGGCCAUCCUGGUCUCUGUCGCCUUCGCCCAGAUCCUCGCGAUCCUGUCCAACAGUUUCGCGGUGGGCGACGCCGCCGCGGGGUACGAGUACGACGGCGCGGCCGACCACCCCGUCCUGCGCAUGGCUGUCUCCACCCUGACCGUCGCCGUCCCGGCGACGUUCUACGUCGGCGUCAUGGAGCUCUACGCCCGCGUCACGCCGGUGGCGCCGCCGCUUCGGCGGCUCCUCGCCGUUCUUGCGCCGGGGAUGGCGUGGAUCACACUCUUUCUUGGUAUGCCGCCACUCGUCGUUCUGCUCCUCGGUUGAAGCUGCCGAUCGAGGCGCGUGACAUGGAGGAGGCAAAGCAAGGAGAGAGAGAUCAACACCAACCACUCCUUCGUCAACACGCUCUGCGGUUCGGUGAAAAUUCUUAUCUUAUGGCUGCACCAUUUGCAACUAUGCAAGAACACAAUAAUUCUCGCUCAACCUAUGUUGAGUCUGGGUGAAUUAGCACUGCAUCUACAAGAACGGGUCGGCUGGCUGCCGUUGCUUGCUAUUCCAUCCAUCCCAGUGUAACUUAGUACGGCUGUAACAUAUUCUACCACUACGAAUCUAGAUAGGUAGCUAUCUAGAUUCGUAGUUCUAAAAUAUAUCAUAUUCGUGCUAGGUUGCACUUAUAUUGGUAUGGAGAGAGUUGCGUGUAGUGCUGCAGAGUCUACUGGCAAGCCAUAGAACAAGGUUCCUGAGUCAGUUCAAGUGUACUACUACUGUACUUUCAUUGCUAGAGUGAGUCCAUCGGUGUCCAAGCUCAGACAUGCAGACAAGAGUUUAUCCUGGCAUCCUGCUGCCUGCUGUGUACUAAGGAUUUACAGAUAGUAUAUGCUCAUACAGCAAUAGAAGCAUAGAACUACAGUACGUAAAGUCAUUAAACAGUGUGUAAGUCAUUACUAUUAUACCAUCAAUAAAAUCUUAUGCCCCAAAU